GCGGAAACAGACAAAAAGAACCUACCAAAAAGCCCAUCGAAACGAAAAGAGGAGGGCCUGACAUAACUCCUUUGACCACUUGGACAGGUUGGUCCCCAACCUUGACGUGAAUUAUGACUGUCAUGUGCUUUCACAUUUUCCCUUUCUUGGCCACUGCCCAUACACUAAUCAUCUUUGUACAACACAUCAUUCCCUGUCUUCCUUCAUGGUCAUUCUUAUUGUAUCAUUUUAAUCAUCUGCAUGCAUGGAGGUCCGGAAUCUUCUCUUCUUCUCUUCCCUGCUUGUCUUUUGGCAGGACCUGUGCAAGUUUGCUGUAUAUAAUUCAUCAAUUAUUAGAAACACAUACCAACAUUACAUUAAUAAACCUACUGAAUACCCAGAGGUGCCCUUCAAGCGAAAUAUUACUAGCGUCAACCAGAUCCAUAACGGUCCCUUUUGGUCGACGACCCCAUGGGAGAUUCCACAAGUGUCAGACAUUAUUAGGUGGCUCAAAUGCAGGCAUAGCAGACAAAACGUCCAUGAUUGAAUGUAUAUCGAACAAGGAGCGGUAAAGAAAUGCCGAAGACGGAUCAAGAAAUAAGAGGACAGAGUACAUGGUCUUUUUUCGUUCUGUUUACCUUAAUCCCACAAUGACCUAUCAAUACAUAGCUUCAAGGAAACUCAACAAGACGCA